ACACACAUACAAGAUCGUGUUUCUCUCUAUCGUCACAACAACCAACCUCACCACCCUCUCCCGACUCUCAUAUCGUCUAUCAACAUCAUGACUCUGAUCGAGAACGGAGGCAGCAGCGGAAGCAGCACGCCACCAACAAGCCAUGUGACGGCGAGUCCCCACGCCGAGAACCGCAAGGGUACCGUUGGGGACACGGAUCGUCCCAACGGUCACAAUCUCCUCGUCCACACGGACAAUAGCGGUACCAUCCCUGCUCCUCCACCGCCCUCCAUCGACCACGGCAAGCGCGUGAUUCCGUUGGUACCUUCCGUCAAGGAUUAUGCCUGGGGUAUCCGAGGAAUGGACUCUCGUGUCGCUCGUUACGCCCUCGAGUCUCACGCCAUUGACGAGGUCGACCCCGACAUGCCCUACGCCGAGCUCUGGAUCGGGACACACGCCAAUGGACCUUCGCAUCUCGAAGACGGAAGGACCUUGGAAGAAGCCUGCGGACACGAACUCCCCUUUCUUUUCAAGGUUCUCUCGGCGGGGAAGGCGCUCUCCAUUCAAGCGCAUCCCGACAAGGAAGGAGCGGAAAAGCUACACCUGGACAAUCCGCAAGCCUACGGAGACUCCAACCACAAACCAGAAAUGGCGAUUGCACUCACGCCGUUUGAAGCCAUGUGCGGCUUUCGCCGUCUCGAAGAAAUUGCCAUUCUACUCAAGAAGCACACCGAGUUUGCCGCCUGCAUUUCUCAAGAAGCCAAACUAGCGGUCUUUCUCGCCAAGGACGAGGAAUCGCAGCAACGUGCCCUCCGGAUGCUCUUCGAAUCCUUCAUGAGCUGUCCCCGGGAAAUUUCGGAAGAACAGCUACAGCUCCUCCUCUUGCGCGUGCAAGCCGAGCAGUCCAAUAUUCACCCUCAUCCCCAUGACGAACCGCCCUGGGAACGGAAGUGCGCCCGCGCCAUUCUGCGUCUGGCGCAGCAGUUCCCCAACGACGCCGGUGCCAUGGCCCCGCUCUUUCUCAAUUACCUCCUCAUGGCACCCGGUGAAAGCUUCUUCAUGGCCGCCAACGAACCCCAUGCCUACGUGGCGGGAGAAAUCAUCGAAUGCAUGGCCUGUUCCGACAAUGUCGUCCGCGCCGGUCUUACCCCCAAGUACAAGGAUGUGGACGCCCUCGUCUCCAUGUUAACCUACAGUAUGGGCGGGCCCUCCAUUGACGCCGGGGCUCCCCUCGCGGAAGACCCCCGCAUUCUACGUUACACUCCACCCGUUCCUGAAUUUGAAGUCCUCCUCCUGACCUGCGAGCCCGGCGAAUCCAUUCAUUUGAACGUACAUUCCGUGCCCGCCGUCCUGGUGAUUCUUGAAGGUACCGGCACUCUGGACGACGAUAUUGUUUGUCGUCCGGGUAAGUGCUAUUAUCACCCCUGUGAGGCACCACCCGUCAGUUUCGCCGUGCCCGCCGACAAGCGCGGCCCCCUCAAAGUGGCCGUCGCCCACCGCAACCUCCAUCUCCAACUGCCCACCACCUUUUCUCGAUCAUCGGCUCAUCCGAGUCUCAACGGAUCCCUCGGAGGGUCGCGGCACGCGACGCGACCUACCACACCCUACCGGACUUCGCCCAAACACACCAUUGAAACGUAUCACGUCGUCCACAACCAUGUUGAGUACUUGUCCGUACCGCCAAUGGAUUAA